UCCACAUUCCCCCUUCACCGGCUGCACGCUCUCACAGACCUCCGUGGAGAUGACUGCCAGACUGUGGACCGCGGCGACCUGCUUUGUUACCAUUUCAGUCUGGAAGACAGUGCUGGCAUGUGAGUAAACCUUCUCCUGUAGGGCCUCAGAGGCAUUACUUUACCGCUCCGGAGGUUGUUGUGGUUUGUAGCCGAGCUCAGCGUCUUUUACGGGCUUGGUUGGUGGCACGCGGUGUGGGAUGCUGUCUGACAGCGGUGUGUGGGGUUGUGUUGUAGAGCCCGGUAUAACCCUAGAACACUAUCGCUGGGUGAUUUUCAUCCGACCAAACAUGUUAACGUGAUUUUCAUUAUGUUACAGUCUAUAAUGAUAGAGGCUAAAGUAGGUUUGGGUGAAUUUGAUAGCUGCAUGUAGGGAAAUAAGGUCAGUAAGAGUGGUCCUGGAAUUUGCAUGCUGUCUUUAUUUAGCGCAGUGGUUCUGAAUAACUAUCACAAAGUAGUGAUUUUCAAGGGAAUUCAUAUAGUGAUAAGAAAUAUCUAAGUCAGCUGGUCAUUUUCAAUAUCGACCAUAUUGUGGUUCUCUCUCCUGCAGCUGUUAUUGUGCCAAGGACCCUGAGUCUUUACCUGGGAUGACUCACAUGUCCCAGGAAUAAGUUUAAAAGAAACUAAUCUGACAGUUUACACACACACACACACACACACACACGCAUAUAUAUACAUAUAUAUAUAUGUGUGUGUGUGUGUGUGUGUGUGUGUGUGUGUAUGGAAAUUUUUAGUUCAUGAAUGCCUACUUUCAGUUAUUUUGUUGCACUGUUAUAUGGUCCACUCAUGGCACUUUUUUCCGUCCCUUUGGACAUUACACAGUUAAGAAUAAAAGAAAACUGCUGAUACAACCUGCAAGGAUGGUUAGGGGAAGAUGGGAAGUAACAAUCAAUUAAACCGGGCAGGGGAGACUAAAUGAAGUGUAGGAAACAGGAAAUCAGAAUAAGCGAGUGAUUUAUUUACAGUCAUAACAAAAAGAUAUAACAACUAAAGGCGAGCACGAGGCUGAUUAUCAAUAACGUUCUUCAGAAACCAAAGUCCACUGUCAACUAAUUAAACAAACAAAAGAAACACCACAGGCUCCUGCCACUGGGAAACCUGGUCUUCAAAAACACCGAAACGCAAUGGGGAAGUCUGCAGCAAGAGUGAUAGUCAUGAGGGCUGAGAGAGAGAGAGAGAGAGUCAGCGCAGCCCCACUCAUCAUUCCAAGCAGGUUCACCUGACACACCUGGGGAAGAACCUAGCAGAGACAGACACGGAAGAAGACACAGGACACACCCACACCCACAGCCGUAACAACCACCUUAAUUUGUCAUGUAUUGUCCUAUUUUGAUAUAUUUUGAUGACAGGAACCUUUUCUUGGGUAUAUUAUUCCGGGUAAAAAUCACCCAGCGAUAGGGAUGGUGUUACAAAUUUUAGUGAUUGUGUUCUAGGGUUAAAGGUAAAAGAAAUAAUCUUCAGUAGUUAAAUCAGAGAGGAGAACUGGUGUGAAGCCUUGGUGUGGUAAAAAUGCCAUCACACUGUAAGUUAAGAUGGAUAGAUAGAUAGAUAGAUUGAUUGAUUGAUUGAUUGAUUGAUUGAUUGAUUGGUCCCCAUGGGAAAAUUUGUCUUCACUAACUGUACAUUACAUAAAACGUCCAGCAAUCGGCCACAAGCAGCAAGGAGGCAACAGGACAGAUUAUUCACCUGGGCCUACUAUUCAGGGCACCUGUAGCCGCAGGGACCAGCCUUUUCCUACAGCGGGCCUUGCGAAACCUUAGGGUUCCGUACCUGCGGCCUGAGGGUAGGAGGUUGAAGUAUUUUUUCAGUGGGUGAGUGGUGUCUUGUGCUAUGGAGUUUGCUAUGCGUGUGAUGGACCUGUUGUUCAGUUCUGUGAGGUUGGGUGUGGGUAGACCAAUGAGUUAAGGGGGGUUAGUAAGGUCUGACACAUAAUUGUGAGAGCGUUUCCUGCACCGGGCUGAAGUCUCAACUUGCUCGGGGACAAAGAUUUCUCUCACUCACUUGCCCUCCCUCCUGUUUUUCUUUCUGGCUGUGGAGGCUCGAGGCAGUGUGAGGUCUUUAGGGAUUCAGCACCGUCUGAUGGAAAAGGCUAAUGUAAAAUUAAUACACAAACAUAAUCACUGUCAUUACUUCAUUUAAACUGAAUGUUUUAAGAGGUUCGGAGAGAAUAUAUCAAUCUGAAAUAACCUGUGUGCUCAUUUUGUGAUACAGCUGAAUAACAGCUGACAGCUGGCUCAGUCUCAGAGUCUCUUGAGGCCAUUGUUGAAAGGUGGACCAGGUCUAAAUUAAAAUUGAUCCUGGGCUUCAAAAAUCAUUCAGUGCACUGUCUUCAAAGGUCUUGAAAGCUCUUUUAGUGAGCGACUUGUUUUGCCUCGGUGCUCCACAGAACGACUGAGAAAGUCUUUUGUUUCAGCAGCAGUGAGAUAUUUUUAACAGUGUAUGUUAGGGUCUGACUUGGCACUGCUGCAUAGUAUGUAGAGGUAUUCAUAUUAGUAUUUAUUCAUUUUUAUCAGGCUUUUGUUGUAUUUAGUCAUGUCCUUUAUCUUUUAUUGUACCACUUUAAAAUCAUGUUUCAUUGGCCUGUACUGUGUUUGUUGUGUAUCUGGUGUUGAGUCUGUUUUUCUGAUGUGUCCAUCCUGUUUGUUGUCUGUAUGAGUCUUCUUGUCCUGGUGGUGAAAUAGUGUCCCCCAUGUGGGAUCACUAAAGUCUACCUUACCUUAGGUUGCACAAAUAUGGAUUUUGUAUCUGUUUUGUUAGGCCUGUCGCGAUAAUCAAUAAAUCGCCCUAUCGCUCGAUAAAUAAAAACGAUAACUUUGCCAGCCUCGAUAAUUGACGUGCGUUUGUUUUCCUCCUCUCUCGCUACCAAACACGCUGGAUGAGAGAAGAGGUCUCACUCUGCGCAUUGUUCUCGGCACCUGGAGGCGUUGGCUCUAUAGCGGAAUGAACGGAGUUAGUGAACCCUCCUGUCAGCCAUUCAGUGUCUGUCACGGGGGGGCUAGCGCGCACAGGCACACAGACACAGACUUUUUGGAUACAGUGCUGCAAGUGAGCGUCGUGAGUGAAAAGCAAGCUAACAGAAUGAACACGACAGCUUUGGUGUCUAAACCGAACGCAACAGCCCAAGUGUAGGAAUAUUUCGGCUUUAAACCAGUUUUGUUUUCGUCAACCACAAAACUCCACGUGUGUGUGUGUGUGUGUGUGUGUGUGUGCGCGCGCGCGCGCGUGUGUGUUGGAGGAGCACAGCAGGCUGAUGAGAGCUGUCAGAGCGGACUGAAGCUGCUCUUAUAUGUUUAGCGUUUAACUGACUGAGUUUUGCAACUCUGUUUGUCAUUUUCGUCUCGUCCCAUCAACGUAAACGCACUUUCGUCUCGUCACAUUUUAGUCAUCUCCGACUUAUGUUUAGCUCGUCAACGUUACGUCUUCGUCGUGGGAGAAAAGGGAAAUAUUUUAGUCAACGAAAACAACCAGUGUUGUUCUCGUGUGGAAAUUAAAGUUUAUCACUUUUGACAUGGUGUACUCGCAUUAUUAUGCCAUAUAAUAUCAUUAUCUAUAAUUUAAAAAACGGUGUCAAUAAUAUCGUUUAUCGGCGAUAAUUUGUAGCACAAUUAUCGUCCAGCAAAAUUUGUUAUCUUGACAGGCCUAUGUUUUGUCAGAUCCCAGGCACUAUAAGGAGCACAACAGCAUAUCAAUCCCCUUGUCUGCUCUGCAUACAUUUUUACCUAGUUGCUAUUCAUUUGCUAAUGAGUUUGAUGUGUGAAUGUACUCCAUGUAUGCUUAAAACUGAGCACGUUUGGGUAGGUUUGGUUCAGCGUGUGCCUGGACCUUUCUGACCGUUUCCAUCACGCUUGACUUGUCGGUUCUUACCAUCCCAACAAAGCCUGGUAGUUGUAAACUGGACGUUUCAUACAUUUGAUAAAAGACUGGACUGAAGUAUAAGCAAAGGCCUCUCCAGCUCUAGCCCCCACUCUUCCUAUGACUCUGAUCCUGUCUUCCCUCUCACCUCCAUAACAGCGCAGUGCACUACACUACCGAGAGACCGCACUAAACCAGCGAGUCUCACUUCACUUCGGACAAGGACCUCGUCAUGUUUUUUUUUUUUUUUUUCUAAGAAAGUACCCCUGAGAAAAAAAAAACAGAACAGGAAACAGAAACCAGCAAACUGCAAAGUUAUAGCUGAGGGUUGCCGUGGUAGCAGUAGAGAAUACCCUGAAAGAAAGCUCCAGCUUCCGCCCACAAACCUAACAAUCUAUGUACAACCUUAGGUGUUACAAGUGUUACAACCUUAGGGGUCUACACUUCCAGGAUCAGUGUUUCAUAGAUGAGUCAGAAUUCACCGCAGAAACUUGACAGGCAGGUUUUCAUAUAUCUGAGUGACUGUAUGUGGUUGAAAAAUCAAGUCUGUCUCCAACCAUCAGUACCUGGGUUUUAUUUCCUUUAAAGCACACAUUGCAGGCUUGGUCUCCAAAUUCAGGGUAAAGCUCCGGUUCAGCUACUGAAACAAAUAUUGCUUUCACUCAGGAAACUACUUGUGGCAGCAACAUUUUACGUUCAAUACUGAGCUAAAACUCUCAGAUCUCUUUUCACUUUCGCUCCAAGCUGACGGACAGACAGAACGAGACUACUGAACAGUGAUUGUGUUUCUACAUUGUUAUUUGCGAGACACCUUACAAUCACAGAAAUUGUGUUUUUUAGCUUAAUGUGUAUUAUCACCUUUCAGUUAAGUUUUGUUGUUGUUGUUGUUUUCAUGAUGUGUGCUGCUUGUUGAUUAAAAUAAAAUAAAAUGUGAACGUUGUGAUUUGGUUUCCAUGUUAAUUCAGUUUUUUAAAAUCUAGGAUACAUAACCUGUAGGAAAUAACUCUAGUGGUAGUAGGUGGCAUUUAUUUGUGCUUUAAAAACAUGCAGGGUAAAUUAAAACAAAAGACGUACAUCAAACACCUCAAUUUUUUCUCUCUCUUUUUUUCUCUCAGUGUCUCUCUUAGUCGGUGUCGGUGUGUCUCUACCUUUGGGAACGGAUGAAAUCAAGUAUCUGACAGUGAGUACUGGGGAGACAGUCACUCUGCCGGCUGGAUCUGCUGAGCUACAGGGGGAUUACUCGGUGCUGUGGUCCCUGAAGAAUGGCAACGAGGAAGUGAAGCUUGUCACCUGUGAUGCCGGAGAGCCGCCCGAGUACUUCAAAGAAAACCUCGACCUAGACACGACGUACGGCUCUCUGACCUUCGGGCCGCUCAGAGUUGAGGAUAGUGGCGUAUGUGAGGGAGAAAUCACAGAUGGAGACAACAGUGUGCACAGAUACAAGUAUAAAAUCACUGUGUCUGGUGAGUGUUCAAACACUCCCAAAAAUAUGUGUGUGUGCCUUUUUAAUCUUUAAAAUAACAGGUGAUAUACUUCAUGAAUUUCUGUGUUUUUUUUUUCAGGUUCUUUGUUUUACUCAUUUUACAAGACUAUUUCACUGCCUAGUCUCCUGCAGCCUUUGAUAUAUCAUGUAUUUUAUUAACUGGUUAACUUGGCACUUCACUAACCUUUGAGUCUUUGAGACUAUAACCUGCUAAAAUUCAGACUAUUUUCAGGAUGAAUGGGUUUAGAUGUUUAUUUUUACACUCUUCUAGUCCGUAAAAUCUGGACAUUUUCAAGACUGCAAUGCAUGAGUGAAAGGAGCUUAAAUGUCAGCGUGUUUUAUCACUUUAAGGUUUUGGGAAUUUACUUGUGAAUUAAUUUUGAGUCGAGGGUCUUGCUUUUGUCCCUUUGCAUCCCAACUGCUAAAGCAUCCUGUUGGCUCUUAUGUGUCCCGCAGAAGCUCGAGCGAACGCCAGUACCAUGAGGUUUGACCUGACGAUCGUGUUGGCUGUUGUCUUCCUCGUACUCCUCUUGUGAGUUGGCCAGCGUGGGGAAACUCUCAGGUUAGUUAGAAAAACACAGCAAAUUUUUGCAGGGUGGGUUUUUAUUCUUUUUAAAGGAUGCAAUGAUAUGUUUGCAUUUUGAUAGGUGUUACAAACAAAAUUGCUCCUAGCUUGUUGUCUUAAAUUACACGUGUCUCCCCUCUUGCCCACUGCAAUUAUCCACUCCAAGUCGUUGUAUAGUGCAACACAAAACAACCUUUAGCUCCAACUCCACGGUGUACAAAUCAAAAAUGAUGCAGGAAAAAGAAUGGGAACGGACACAGCAAGAAAACCAUAUAAGAAUAUGUAUAAGAAGCUUGAAUAAGAAGCUCCAAACUUGUCAGAGUCUCAAAGGCCUCUUUAGCUGCGUUUACACGGGCACAAAUAAUCGGAAUAAAGGCCCGAUCUGAAUAAAAAUUCGUCAUGUCAACGUGGAUCAGAAGAUUCUGAUCCAAUUAGGCUCAAUCGGAAAGAAGUUGUAUUCCGAUCGAGAAGGGUGGUUUAUGCCGAUCAUUAUUCCGAAUUGCGUCCAUGUAAACACUUAUUCUGAUCGUGACUCUCUUAACUGACUCGAUCUUCACUCUUUAUUUAUCGAGGUCGGUACAGGAGGUUUCAUUAUUCGCACGACUGCAGGUGCCGUGUCUGCGCCUCCAAUAACAAAACAAGGCGUACAUACAGCGUAAUGAUGUCACAUCUGCACGCACAGAACAACCUUUGACAGAACAGCAAAAUCUAGCCAUCUAGUGACAACAUUCAACAGACGGGAAAAUCCUGAAUUGGAUGAGAUGAGCCACUACCGUGUUAGUUGGUUUGUUGACAGCAUAGACAAAUACAACUCUUUGUCUUCUGUGGUUCUUUUAGAGAAAUUAGACAACUCUGUGCAUGUCCAAAUGCUUCUAAUCUGCAUAAAACUCGGUGCAUGUAUACGCACAUCAUGACCGGAUUAUUUGGUUUUGCGCCCGUGUAAACAGUGGAUUCAGAUUUUCCGAUCCCUCAAAUUUUUAAUCAGAACAAGAAAUUUUGUACAUGUAAACAUCACUCUUGUCUGUCUGAUCUUUUUUAAAGGGACAGUAACUAUUAAAUCAAGUCAAAGCUCCUUGACUGAGUUAGGACUGAUGUGUGGUCCCUUUCAGUACUAAAACAUUUAUUUAUAUUAUCCUGUUAGACGGACCAGCAUGCUUUGGUAAUCAAGAAAUAGAAAACAGUGUUAUUCCACCUCAAAGGUUCCUAAUAUUGAAUUUUUGAAGUGUAUAAGGUCGUAAUAUUAUGAAUAGACUAAUUGUGUUUCAUAACUGUGGUCUCAAUCUCAAUCUAAAUAUUCAUGAUUAUGAUUUCUACCAUAACUGAGCAGGUCUUGUGUUGACCGACCUCUAGUAAACUUUAUUCAAAAUGCUGAUUUUGUGGUGUUGCCAGGUCCAAUAUCAAAGGGAAAGUCUUCUGUGGUGGUCCCUCUAGUCGGUGGAUUCUUACAGACUCCCUACAGUCAGCAUGUGUUUCAUUCACAUUUUAACCAUGUGUUCCAGUUUUGUCAGAAGUGAUUCAUCGUGUUUUUUUUUCUUUCAGGAAAAUCUCCCCGUCUUGCUUCUUGUUUUUGCACCACUGCAGCCAGUGACUCCUGCCAACUUUCAACUCAGGGGAUUAUGUCCUCAUCUCACUGAGAUGAGCAUGGACUCGACAUCUGAAAACUGUUUGUUCUUUCCCAAUCUGUACUUCAUGGAUUUCCCCUUGGGUAGAGUUUUAAUGGGUAAACUCAUCUUUUAAGUGACCUUUGAACUCAUUCCACCUUGCUUUUCCUCCUCUUACUUUUCAACCAAUAGUGCUCUUACCAGCACUAGAAAUUACACACCAUAGCUUUAAGUCAGUCUUUUUAGAAUGAAGUGAAAUGGAAAAAGGCGCAUUGUCCUUUUCAGUCCUAUGAUUCUGCAAAGAACUUUUAGUCAAACUAGGGUGACCAUACGUCUUCUUUUACCCGGGCAUGUCCUCUUUUUGGGGGCAUGAAUAGAGAACGCGAAAUCACGAAAUAUUCGGAGGCGAAUUUGACGCGCCGGACUAUUUACAUCAAGCGCGAUGUAAAUGCGACUUUCCGGGGGGGGAAAGACGCAUCCCAGGGAAGACUUUUCCCGGGGAAAGUCCCGCUUCCUUCGCCUCUGACUGGCUGGAAAAGGUGGAAACAUCAUCACAUGCUCAAGCCAAACGGUCAGCACUUAUAGCCAAUCAGAGGCGAAGGAGGGCGGGACCUUUCCUGAACAACCAGCAUCCCGGGUGGGAGCGAAAGGACAAAAAUGGAGUCUACUUUAACUUUAAGUGAUGGCGAAUUGGUCCUCCUUUUGCUUUCUCAAGAGAAAAAGAAACAUAGCACAUGGGUGCAUCCAGUAUUACCAAAAAGAAGAGAACUUGGUGAGUUUCACUGCUUCGUUCAGGAGCUGAAACUGUUUCACGGUCGCUGAUUGUUUUCAGUUCUGAUUAGACACUAGUGUUGAGAUGUCUGUCUGUCAUGAUAGCAAAUACUGAGUCGUGGCCAGUACCAGAUAAGCACAUGAAACUAUGGUAACAACCGUUAGCUUACGUUAGCACAGAUGAAAGUUAAAACAAAGACGUUUAUCAAACUGUUAAAGCACACAAACCAUCGUCAUAUGAGAAAUCAGACGCUAUGACUCUCCACAAGUUGUCCUUCAGGUCGUUAUCUUUGUAAUGUUUGCGUCUUUUAUCAAAAAUCACUCUGUUCUCCGACACGUGAAUAAUCAGCCGGUCGGCCAUGUUGGAUAUACCGGUGAAUCUGACGUCGCAACAACACGCAAUCUGAUUGGUCAAAAGUGGACACACAGUAUGAGAAAAAAUUAAUGCCGCAAUAUCGCAGAACGGAAAAAUGUCGCCGAUGUGAACGCUUGUAUUGACAGGAUACGGGUUCGAAAAAAAAUAUUGACGUCCGAAAUAAUCGCACGAGAAAAACGGUCCUGGUGUGUGAGGACCUUUUAUACUGAAGUUUUGAGUUUGUGUCACAUGGAGUUACAGAGUUAGAAGCACGUAAAAGACACGCGAUCCGACCUGAAAAACUCUCAAAAUUAACUUUGUCUGACUCCAUAACUUCGCCCCCGCGUAGUCAUGUCCUCUUUUUGGGGAUUCAGAAUAUAGUCACCCUAGUUAAACAAACAGGCAUCCUUGGGUUACAGUGCCUCUUAUUUUCUUUUAUUUAUGUUUUGUGACUUUUACAGUUUUGUAAAUAUUUGUGAUGCAGAUGUCAAAUUUAGCCGGUUAUAUUUACAGUAAUCGAGCUGCCUUUGUACUCUACAGAUCCACAGAGAGAUG